CUAGCUAUAGAUACAUAAUCUAUAAUUAAUCGUUGGCUGAUAUUCAAUGUUCGGGAAACUUAGGAACCACCAUAUUUGUUUACAAAAGUUUUCUGUCUCCGUUUGACGACGAAAAUUCGUGCUCCCCAGUACACCAGAAAUCAAAACAAAAUGGCGACCACAUGUGUUUUUGAAGGAAGACUGAUAAAGCAAGCUUGGUGUUUCCAACAGUACUUUUUUCGAGCAUUUCGUAGCUAUAAUCGAAUAUUGUUGGCAAAAGGAGAGCAUGAAUGCAAGAAUGAUUCUGCAAAGAAACCAGUUUGGUAUUACAAUAACAAGGGGAUCAGACGUAGGAAAAUCAAUCAGUUGAUUCGAAAUUCAUUGUCAACUGAAUCUGAAAAAGAUUUAUCAACAGACGAAAACCACAUGAAAAAACUGCUGGAUUUGUUUAGCUCGUAUGAUUUCACAAAAAAAGAAAUUCAAAAGAUGCUCUACAACAAACCAAGGGUUCUUCAAGUUUCUAAAAAUAAGCUACAAAACCGUUUUCGUAGCUUUAUACGUCUUGGAAUUCCUAAAGAUGUUGUGAAGGAGAUGGUAAUGGAAUGUCCUAGUUUGUUGUUGCUGGAUGAUCAGAUAACCAUACAAAGUCGAUUAAAUAACUUACAAGGGCUCCCGCUGUUCCCACGGCUUGAUCAAAACAAAUCGAUCUACCUUGCUCAAAAGGCUCCACAACUUUUGCUUUUCUCCGAACGCGCUGAGUUAUAUGCAAAAGUUAAAAAUCUCCUUCAGCUCGGGUUUAACCAGCAACAGUUGUAUGAACUAGUGAUGAAACAUCCUGCACUGCUGACAUAUAGCAGCGACACUGUGUCACAGAAGGUCAAUUACGUCACUGAAAAGAUGGAAGGCAGGCUUGCUUUAUUCACAAAAUUCCCGCGAGUCUUUUCAGCUUCUCUGCAACGCAUAAAAGAGCGUCACUUGUUUUUAGUGGAGGAGGGUUACAUGAGAAACACAACUUACAUAUCGGAGAACAAACUCCGCUCGAUCGUAUUAACGACCGACAACGAUUUUGUUUAUCGUGUCACAAAAACGAAGAUGAAGGACUUUCGAGAGUUUCAAAAACUGGUUCGAGCCAACGCGAUAGAUAUUGAAGAAGAGAAAGGUGAGAACUUCAGUGAUGUUGAAACAUACCAUGAUACAGAGGAUCAAAGUGUUGAUGAAGAAACAGAAGUAGUUAUCUAAAUAAACAAUUCAAAUAAACGCAAGUGUAAAUAUUCAUAUAAUUAUCAAAGAUUAAUUCAAGCCCUGUGUUUCAACUUUGUACAAAUUUCUUUCCUACCAGUCUAUGUUUUUUUAUAUAAGCCAACCACUUUUUCAACAACUGUAUUAAAAUCUGCAAUUUCUAAGCAACUUGCAGUACAAUAUUGGACUGAAGCAAAAAAACUACUUUUUGAUACAUGUUUUUUCAACCUCGACCCUGGGGUCCCAGAUGUCAUAAAGAUGCAAGGUGCCCUGGGGACAAGGUUGAUGUUUUUAAAACGCAUUACCGAAUUAAAAUUCUAUUCAAUGAUACCACAUGUCAAAACAUUGUUGUUAACCGCUUUGUAAUGUUCUGAGAAGAAAGAAUUAUUAUUUUUGCUCUCAA